AUAACUCAUACCCGAACCCAACCCAAGCAAACCCGACUCAUUGACCCGCCCCUCUCAAAAAAUUAAACCUCUACCAUUCAAAAGUCUACAUUCUUUUACAGUGAACUCCCGAAACCCCGCCCCUCUCAAAAAAUUAAACCCCUAUCGCCGCCGUCAAAAAAGCCGUCAAUUUCGCCGCCGACGACGACUCGCCGCCGUCUGAAUCGAAGAGAAACCCAGAAAACAUGGGAGAAAUCGAAGGAGAGAACAAAGAAAAAGUAACACCAGGAGAAAUUUUAGGAAAAGCAUCGGAGCUUAAACCUGGUAAAGGUGCUUACGUUGCCGCUGAUGCUGCCGGUGUUAAUCUUGUCUACGCUUCUCUUACUGGUUUCCGCACUAUCUCUCCCCCUCCUUCCGAUUCUACUGACAAGAGGUCAGUCGUGGAGGUAACCGGUCAUAAAGCGCAUGGUGCAGUCCCUGAACCUGGCUGCACAGUCCUUGCACGGGUUAAAAAGGUGAUGGCUAAAAUGGCUUCAGCGGAUAUCAUGUGUGUUGGUAGCAAGUCUGUUAGAGAAAAUUUUACAGGCGUAAUUAGACAGCAGGAUGUAAGAGCGACCGAGAUUGACAAGGUCGAUAUGCACGCUUCAUUCCGAGCUGGUGAUAUCGUCAGGGCAGUGGUUCUAUCCCUGGGGGAUGCAAGGGCCUAUCAUUUGUCAACAGCAAAAAAUGAAUUGGGAGUUGUUUCUGCAGAAAGCACUGCAGGUGAGACGAUGAUUCCAAUAAGUUGGACAGAGAUGCAGUGUCCUGUGACAGGCCAAAUUGAGCAGAGAAAGGUUGCCAAGGUUGGAAAUAAUAGAAGAAAUAAUAAGCUCCCAAAAAUGGCUACUCUUUACCAUCAUCAAUACUAUCAUCCACUUCUUCUUCUUCAAUCUUCAACUAAAUUAUGUUCCACAAAAUCACUGUGUUUCAACAAAUAUUCGAAUUCCCACUUUAGAAAAUCUCUUAGCUACAAAACCCAUAUCCCCAAAUUUCCUCUAACUGUUGCAUUUGCUCUCACUCAAUCAGAUUCCCCCAAAUCCUCUAAUCCUGACCCACAAACCCUUCUUCGAGAAUUAGCGGUUAAUUUGGAUUUGCCACCUGAUUACUUUGCCAAACUUCCUAGGGACCUUCGUCUUGAUCUCAAUGAUGCCGCGUUUGAUCUUUCAAAUGGACCUGUUCUUGAUGAGUGUGGCCAAGAGCUGGGGGAGACGUUAUUGAAUCUGGCCCGUGCAUGGGAAUCAGCUGAUACUUCAACUUCUUUCUCUUUAGCGAAGCAGCUCCCUUUGUUGGAGACUUCUUUGACUGAAAGGGAAAAGGCAGCUUUUGGUAAGCGAUUGCUGUCUGCUGGAAGAAGAUUUCAAUCUAUGGGACAAUAUGGUCAAGGUGAACUAGAAAGGAUUGCAAAGUCAAUGAUUUCUGUUGGGAAGCUUCUAUCUGCAACUGCAGUGCCUACAACUGAGGAACUCCCAAAAACUGAAUCUCGGACUUUCAAGUUUGGAGAACUUCAAGUCGAAGUGACACCUGAAAAGGCAAUUAUAGGUGCAGUUAUCGCUGUUGUUUUUGGGAUCCUUUCAUGGCAAAUUAGUCAAGGAAUUCAAAGCAUCUCAGACGGUAAAUUGCAAUAUGCAAAUGAUAAUGCUUUGCUGCUGGCCAAGUCUUUGAGGACAUCUCUGAUUGCAAUGUUCUAUACAUCCACUUUGCUGUCUGGGUUUUCUGCAGUUGGUUUGGUCUUGCUUGCAGUACAACUCAAGUCAAAGAACAAGUCAAUGUCUUGUAACGCUGCGGAGCUACUCCCCCUCCUAGGCGGAGGCUCGGCUAAUGCCACCGCGGCAGCUACCUACUUAUGUAACCGUUUUACAACGGUGGCAUACGCGGUGGACACCACGUACCUCCUUUUCUCAACCUACUUGGUUUUUGCCAUGCAACUUGGCUUCGCGAUGUUAUGUGCCGGGUCAGUCCGGGCCAAGAGUACGAUGAACAUCAUGCUUAUCAACGUUCUUGAUGCUGCUGCAGGGUCUCUUUCUUACUACUUGUUUGGGUUUGCAUUUGCUUUUGGUUCGCCUUCGAAUCCCUUCAUUGGACGACGUUUUUUUGCUCUUAAUGAUGUACCUGAAGCUGGUGUAGACUAUAGUUUGUUCUUGUAUCAAUGGGCUUUUGCUAUCGCGGCCGCUGGAAUCACCAGCGGCUCGAUAGCAGAACGUACAAAGUUCGUAGCCUAUUUGAUAUACUCGUCGUUUUUGACCGGGUUUGUGUACCCGGUCGUGUCUCAUUGGUUCUGGUCCGCGGAUGGAUGGGCUAGCCCAUUUAAUGCGGAUAACUUGUUGUUUGGGACGGGAGCCAUUGACUUUGCUGGGUCAGGUGUUGUUCAUAUGGUUGGUGGGGUGGCGGGGUUGUGGGGUGCUUUUAUUGAAGGCCCGAGGAUCGGCCGUUUUGAUCGUAACGGCCGGUCCGCGGUCCUAAGAGGGCAUAGUGGUUCAUUGGUUGUGUUAGGGACUUUUUUGCUUUGGUUUGGAUGGUAUGGGUUUAAUGCUGGUUCUUUUUUGACUAUUCUUAAGCCUUAUGGUGAGCCUGGGGGAUUUUAUGGUCAAUGGAGUGCAGUCGCUAGGACAGCUGUCACAACGACAUUGGCUGGAUCGACCGCAGCAUUGACUACUUUGUUUGGUAAGAGGAUAUUGGUGGGUCAUUGGAAUGUAAUUGAUGUGUGUAAUGGGUUAUUGGGUGGGUUUGCGGCUAUUACUUCCGGGUGCUCCGUUGUUGAGCCGUGGGCGGCCAUAAUUUGUGGAUUUAUGGCCGCCUGGGUUUUAAUUGGGUUUAAUAAGUUAGCUGAGAAGGUCAAAUAUGAUGACCCACUCGAGGCUGCCCAAUUGCACGCCGGGUGUGGCAUGUGGGGUCUAAUUUUUACCGGUCUAUUCGCUACAAAGAAGUUCGUACAAGAGGUCUACGGGUCGGAUAGGACCCAUUAUGGACUAUUCAUGGGUGGAGGGGGAAGGUUACUAGGUGCUCAAAUUAUUCAAAUCCUCGUUAUCUUCGGGUGGGUCAGUGCCUUAAUGGGUCCGCUUUUCUUUACCCUAAAACAACUUGGGCUCUUAAGAAUUUCUAGCAAAGAUGAGAUGGCGGGUAUGGAUCUAACCAAACAUGGUGGAUUCGCUUACAUGUACUAUGAUGAAGAUGACCCGUCACAAAAACCCGCCUUUGCAAUGACAAGGGUGGAGCCUGGUAGCAUGACUCCUGAUGGUAGACAAGCAAAUGUAUGAUCAAAUUAUGCAAAAUCAUGUAAGAAUUUCUAAGAUUAAUUGUGCAAUUAUGUUGAAUAUGAGUAGUUUAGGUUGGACAUGCAAUUUCAAGUUGUUCUGUUUGCUAAAUCCUUGCUUGUAUAUUUUAACACUCUUUUGUUCAGCGUUAGUGAAUGUAUUGAUGAUCUUGUGUGGAUGAAAAAACAGUGGUAUUUCGAUAUCUAGACAUUAUGUUUUGAAUGUGA